AUGGCGGCGUAUGGGGGACACGUGGACGCAAUCAGGCAACUCCUUAGGGCAAAAGCUAAGCCUUGCUUGGCUGCGCGGAUUCCGGACAGCAACAACAACGCAGCAAACGUGCCCUUGGCUGUGUCGGCCCUCCUUGGGUACUCGGAGAUGGUACAAGAGUUCAUCAACGAGGUUGGGAUCGAAGGCCGUGGAGGUGCACGCGGCGGCGAACAAGCUCUUGCUGUUGCCACCCGGGAGCAGCAUAUGGACGUCAUGCGUGCGUUGACGAACGCAGGCGUCGUUGACACCGGAGAAGCGAUCCUCUCCGCCGCCGGAUGUGGUCGUGAGAGGGCCGCCAUGCACCUCCUACAUCACCACGAGGGGCGGAACACAGCCGGCACAAGGGAAUACGCGAAUACCGUCGGCCCCAACGGCACAACUCCUUUGUUCCUAGCUGUUGGUUGUUCACGUUGUUCUCCCAGGAUAAUGCGAUUGCUUGUCGAUGAUGGUGCAGGCGGUUCAAAUGGCAAACCCUCGUGGGGGGGAUGGUGUUUUCCACAACACGCCGCAGGCUCUAGCGAAAUACCUGUGGCUCGAAAAAAUAACGCCGACGGGACGGAAGUCACUGAUGAGCAGAAGCGCAUGCUUGAGGGCACCCGCCGUUUUUUCACGUGUGUGGAGGCAGUCCAUGCCGUGUUUUGGUUGUGGGCCAACGAUGCUCCAUCCACCGCCCGCCAUGUCAAGGGCACCAGCACGACCCGGACUACCUGUGGACAUUGGUCUUUGAUGGUGUCGCUCAUGAAGCGGGGGGACGGAUCCCGCCGUUCAAAAUUGGCGGCCAUUUUCAGGUACUCCGCGAAGCCUUCAUCGAUCAAAUUCGCGCACUGCUGGCGGUAUUCCGCGAAUCCUUCAUCGUGA